UUCUCCUAGCAACCUGGCAGGCGUUGAGCAGAGCCGCUGGAGCAAUGGACGAAGAGAGCCUCCUAUUGUCUCUGGAGCUGGCGUCCGGUAGUGGGCAGGGCCUCAGCCCGGACCGUCGGGCCUCACUGCUCACUUCCCUUAUGCUGGUUAAACGCGACUACCGCUUCAAUCGGGUCCUUUUCUGGGGCCGCAUCCUCGGCCUCGUCGCCGAUUACUACAUCGCGCAGGGCCUGAGCGAGGACCAGCUCGCACCGCGCAAGACCCUGUACAGCCUGAACUGCAUGGAGUGGAGCCUCCUGCCCCCUGCCACGGAGGAGAUGGAGAUGCAGACGUCUGUGGUGAAGGGCCGCUUCAUGGGGGACCCCUCACAUGAGUACGAACACACCGAGCUGCAGAAGGUGAAUGAGGGCGAAAAGGUCUUUGAAGAAGAAGUAGUGGUCCAGAUCAAGGAAGAGACCCGCUUGGUGUCCAUCAUUGACCAGAUCGACAAGGCUGUGGCUGUCAUCCCCCGAGGUGCCCUCUUUAAGACCCCUUUUGGACCCAUCCGUGUCAAUCGGACCUUUGAAGGACUGUCCUCGUCUGAAGCCAAGAAGCUCAGUUCCUACUUCCACUUCAGGGAGCCUGUUGAGCUGAAGAACAAGACCUUGCUUGAGAAGGCUGACCUGGACCCCUCCCUGGACUUCAUGGACUCCUUGGAGCAUGACAUCCCCAAAGGGCCUGGAGCAGAGCUGCGGCUGGGCCGGGAGAGGCCUCAGUGCGCAGGGGAAUAGAAGUUCCAGAUCUGCAUCCAGAGGCGAUUUUCCCAGGCUCCUUCCUCCCACACAGCGGCUCCCUCCCUCGGUUCUGGAGCUGGAUCAGGCCCUUCCCGCCAAGUCCUCACGGCUGCACAGCUCAGCCCCAGGCUGGGCUGCUCCCGUCUGGGGAGCAAAAACCAGGGCAGAACCCAGGACAGACAAAGGCUUAUUAGUUGCAGCUCAAGUACCCUCCCGCCAAGGAUGGCUCCCAGUCUACCGGCUGCCAGAAAGGGCUACUGAGCUGGGAGGCCUGAAACGGCCCCACUUCUAUGUGAGCCUGGUCAGGUCUCAUCCAUCUCAGAGCAGAGGCUUCUGGCCUGGGGAAGAGAGAGCAAAUGGCAAACAGCGGUGAAGCGCACCAGGACUGAAGGCCACCAGUGAGCACCCCUAGCGCAGGGUGAGAGGGAGCCUGGAGCCUCCCCUAGCCCAGCCCCAGCUCCCCUCUGCCUGUGCACUGUGGAUUCAGCUUCCUCCCCCACGCAACCUUUCACUAGACUUGCUGACAAGAACAAAACGGACUGCUUUGAGUUUUACCUCUUUUCAUUUCCUUUGCCCUCCCUCUGGAAGUGGUUUUAAUGAGCAGUGAAACGGCUCAAAGGCAAUCAGGAGGAGUAAAGUGCCGGGAUAAUUAAACUGUCUUCCCUUUUCCCACUGGACCUUAAUGCUCCGGCCUGGCUGCCCUGAGCCUGGGGCCUCUGCAUACCCGGCAGGGCUCUGCCUCCACAGUGCCCAGGCCUUGCCUCCUGCUCCUCCUCAGGGUCCUGGAGCAUCCAGAUGGAGAGAGGCAACACCCUGGUGGUGCUGCGCAGCCUGCUCUGGCCAGGCCUCACCUUCUACCACGCUCCUCGCA